AUGUCAUUCCAAAAAUAUUGUUUAUUAGAUCUCGAAAAUUUAAAUAUUAUUGAGAGCGAUUCACCAAACUUCAUUGUGUAUGAUGGAGUUCUGUAUAGUAGUGACUUUCAAACUGUUUAUCGAGUUCCUGCUAAUUUCACUGGUCAGCUUGAACAUACGACAAAGUUUGUUGCAGAAUGCGCUGUUUUUUCCAGAUGCACAUUUUCUGAAUAUAAAGUUGAAGCUCGUUUAGAAACACUUGGCAACUCUAUGUUUCGUAAUUGUCGGAAUCUGAGAAGUAUUGAUUUAUCUAACACAAUUGCAACUAUUUGUCCAACUGAGAUAUUUAAUAAUUGCAAUAUUGAAAAUUUAAUUUUGCCUGACACAUUAAUAUAUAUUGCUAACUACUUAAAUGUUUUUGGAUCAAUAACAAAACUUGUAAUUCCUGCUUCUGUAAGAGUAAUUGCUAAAGAUGUGUUAUACAUAGCCAGUAUUCAAUCUAUUGAAUAUUGUGGCGUUUAUCAACUUGACUGUACAGCUGUAGGGACACCUAAUCUGCUUGUGUCUUCUCAUUACAAUUAUAACUCUUUCUUCGGAUUCACAUCAUAUUCUAAUACACUCACAGAAUGUCUUCCUGCGAGAACGCCAAUCAUGACACCAUCCCGAACUCCAAUUUGUUACAAAAGCGUUUCGUGUUUCAACAUUCAAAACUUUAUAAAGGUAACUAAACUCCUUUCGCCGAUCCGAUUUGCUCCAUAUUUAAAAUAUAGCUUGCAUAUGUAG